AUGGUCCCGGUGGAGGAGCUGCCUCCGCCAGACGCGGCGUCGCGCAAGCAGCUCCUGAGGCAGCUCACGGCGCAGCCGCCACCGGUGGAGCAGUGGGAGAACACCAACUUCCUGAUCGCUGCCGCCCGGCUGGGCCUGCGCACCGCCUGCGUGGGCCACCUGGGGCAGGACAUCUUCGGGCGGUACAUGCAGGACGUACUGCAGGCGGAGCGUGUGCGCACCGUAGAGCCGGUGGCGGCGCAGCAGCUGAGCCCGGAGCAGGACCACACGCUGCUGUGCUUCGUGCUGGUGGCGCCCGGCGGCAAGCACGCCUUCUGCAGGCGAGGCCGCGGCUGGGGCGGCGGCCGCUACGACUUUGGCCCCUGGCCGCUGCUGUCGUUUGUGCGGGAGCUGCCCGAGGGCGUGAGCCAGGUGCUGCGCAACACCGAGGCCCUCUUCAUCAACGGCUUUGUGUUUGACGAGCUGCCGGCGGGGGCGGUGCUGCAGGCGGCGCGCGUCGCGCAGGCAGCAGGCGCUGCCGUGUUCUUCGACCCAGGCCCUCGCUCCUGGACUUUCAGCGAGGGAGAGCGCAAGGCAGCGCUGGAAGCCAUCCUGUCUGUGGCCGACUGCGUGUGCAUGACAGAAGAGGAGGCAGAGGCGGUGACGGGGCUGGCGGGCGCGGAGCAGCAGGCGCGGUUUGUGCUGGGGCGGCCGGGGGCGCGCACGCAGUGGUGCGUGAUCAAGCGGGGCGCGGAGGGCGCCAUCCUGGGCUGCCGCACAGCCACGCAGCUGUACAGCCAGCAGGCGCUGCGGGUGGAUGUGCGGGACACAGUCGGCUGCGGCGACAGCUUUGCGGCGGCGCUGGUGCUGGGGUACACGCGGGAGCACUCCAUCCCCGCCGUCAUGGCCCUGGCAAACGCGGUGGGGGCGGCCACGGCCAUGGGGCAGGGCGCGGGGCGCAACGUGGCGCGCGCCGAGCAGGUGCACGCGCUGCUGGCGUCGGCGGUGCCGGGCUGCGCAGACGGGCGGCACCUGGAUGCGCUGGACGUGCUGCACUCCUCCCUGUCCAGCCUGGACUCUGAGUAG